GUACCGAUAACGAUUUACUUGAAGUUGGCUGUGGUUCGGUAACCGAACUAGCUCUUUCUUUUUACUUCCUUUUGGUUCCGAACAAGCAGCAAAAUGUCGAAGAGAGGACGUGGUGGUACCGCGGGAGGCAAAUUCCGCAUCUCGCUAGGUUUGCCCGUAGGCGCUGUUAUGAACUGCGCUGACAACACAGGUGCCAAGAACCUGUAUGUAAUUGCUGUGCAUGGUAUUCGCGGUCGCCUGAACCGUCUGCCUGCUGCUGGCGUCGGUGACAUGUUUGUGGCCACCGUCAAGAAGGGCAAGCCCGAGUUGAGAAAGAAGGUUAUGCCCGCCGUGGUCAUUCGGCAGCGUAAGCCGUUCAGAAGGAGGGACGGUGUUUUUAUAUACUUUGAAGAUAAUGCGGGGGUCAUUGUGAACAACAAAGGCGAAAUGAAGGGCUCGGCCAUAACCGGGCCCGUUGCCAAGGAAUGCGCUGAUCUGUGGCCCCGUAUCGCAUCGAAUGCAAGCUCUAUAGCAUAAGCAACAGUUCCCCAAUUCAACAAGAAAUAAACCCAAUAACGGAACACCAGAUGUUAUUAAAUUAGAACUGA